CAGUCAGCGAGCCGCCCUGCCGGCCUGAGUCCCUUCUCCCGCCUCCCUGGCCGAGUCCCUCUCCGCGUGGUAAUGCUCCCGGCGGUGCUGGGGCCUCGCUGGGUCCCCUCUUGCCUGCGGGAGCCCCGUCUUUCCCCUCCCUGUCGCUUCCACGGCACAAUACAAAUGCAGUGGUGCUUUCCCAUUCAUUCACGGGGUCACUGAUGACUUGGGGCAGAGCAGCGAAAUGUCUUCCUUGUGUUGGAAGACUUUAGGUCUUUUUUCACCCGUUACGGAUUUUCAGGUGUUUCAGCCUUUAAAGGCCCCACCUGAGCCGUUGGAAUAGCCACUUGACUAACUUCCCAGUCAUUGAACUGGGUGAAUAGCUGCCAGAGGUUCAUACAGGAGAUUGUCAAAACAUGAUCUUCACAGAGUUUGGAUCUGGCUUAUUAGUUAAAAGUAUCAGAGAUUAAUUAUUUGGAAAUAGUAUUCGAAGUAGUGUAGUCAUAAGCCUCUCCCUGGGCUCCGUUAAAGGUGUUUUCCUAGAAGCACUCAUGCUGUAUGUGCUGAUUUGGGUCUGUUCUGAGUCAAUAGUUCAGUUAAGUGGUUCCAACAAUAAACUAGCGUACGUGGAAAUUCCCAGUAUCUCAGACUGAUGCAAAAAUCAAAUGUCCCAUUGAUUUGCCUCAUCCUGGUACAGACAUUUCAGCUAAACAGGCUGGUGCUGGACCACUGUGUAUUUAGGUAGUGUGGCUUUAAAGCUUUUUGUUUAUGUGUAUUUAUUUGAUGCACUGUUUUGGCAGAUUUUCUCUUAAGUUUAAAAACCUACUGCAAUUUUAAGAGUACUUUUAAAAUAGACUGUGGAAAACUUUUUCUUAAUAUUUUGAUAGUUAACUUGUGUUUGCAGCUCAUUCUUACUCUAGACGCGGCACUAUGAAUCAAGAAAAACUGGCCAAGCUUCAAGCGCAGGUCCGAAUAGGAGGAAAGGGAACAGCUCGCAGAAAGAAGAAGGUGGUGCACAGAACAGCUACAGCUGAUGACAAAAAACUUCAGAGUUCCCUCAAAAAACUGGCAGUAAAUAACAUUGCUGGCAUUGAAGAGGUGAACAUGAUAAAAGAUGAUGGAACGGUUAUUCACUUCAACAACCCCAAGGUUCAAGCUUCCCUCUCUGCUAACACUUUUGCAAUUACUGGUCAUGCAGAGGCUAAGCCGAUCACAGAAAUGCUUCCAGGCAUCUUAAGCCAGCUUGGUGCUGACAGCUUAACAAGUCUCAGGAAGUUAGCUGAACAAUUCCCAAGACAAGUGUUGGAUAGUAAAGCACCAAAACCUGAAGAUAUUGAUGAAGAAGAUGAUGAUGUCCCAGAUCUCGUAGAAAACUUUGAUGAAGCAUCAAAGAAUGAAGCUAACUAAACCAUUAAUAGUUCUGGAAGCUGGCAUGGACUAGAUUUAAGAAAUCAGCUAUGUGGUUCCAAAGUUUUAAAGAAACAGAGAACAUCAUCUGUUAAUAGUUCAGUAAUAUAAAUAUUUUGUAUUUUUAUGAUGCUGUUUGUUCAGCAUUUUCUGUCAGUUGAUUUUGCAUUUUGCACUUACUCCCAGGAUCUACUCUUUUGGUCAAAAAGAAAUGUCAGUGCAGUUUGAGGGGUGUGUGCAUGUGCGUGUGUGUAUGUGUGUGGGUGUACAUAUAGUGGAGAACAAAUUGGAGAACACUUAUUUAACCUUUUCCCCUUUGGAAGUAGAAAUAAAAUGAAUCUUCAGCAUUGUUACUUUUUUAUUAUCACCAAAUAGUGCACAGAAGGUAAUUAAGAUUAAAAUUUUGUCCACAUUUUGUGAUCUGGAGACAUUACACCAUUAAAAUUUGGGUUUAAUUUGCUGUUAACUAUCGUACUUGCAGAUGUGUUUCUCAUCCCCAUUGGAAUGUACACAUGAUAAUUGUUAUCAACCUUAUGUUGAUCCCAGAUGGUACCAAAGACGAGCUGUUUUACUGGCUUGUUUGGUACAGUAACUUUUUAAAAAGGAAAACUUGGUCUCAGAAGAGUGUGGUUUUGUUUGGUUUUUUUUUUGAACCCUUCCCAGCUUUUUCUUUCUUCUUUUUUUUUCUUGUGUGUCUAACCUUUUGAGACAAGCUAAUGUUUGUCUCCUUCCAUCUAGGCUUAGCAGUAUGUUCUCCUGUUGAUUACAUAAGAGUAUUUCCCAUGUCAAAAGGAAAACAAACACCUUGGUUCUCUGCCAUGCGGUCACUUCCUAAACUUGGAGGUCUAGUUGGUAACAGUCCAGUGCACCAGUUUUGCACACUAACAGAUUUUUGCUUGAAUAAGUUCAAGCUGUUCUCUUGGCAUGACUGCAUUUACUAGCAGCUGAUGAUCCACUGUCAUUCUGACGGCACUAGGAAUUAAAUGCACCAUGUGAACAAUGUUUGAGGUGGGAGGAAAAAGUUGUUGACAUUUUGCCUUGCCUUCUGCUGGGCAGUUUGUGCAAUGACUAGCUCUAAAGGGAUAACUUUUUUUUGCCUGUAACUUACCUUUGCCUAUAACCUACCUCUAGGUUUGGUGUCAUCUAUGUAGUAGCUUCUUAAAACCCACAAAUGCUUCUCAGGCAUAAGGAGGACAUUGGGAGGUACUGUUGGUAGAG